GAUUAGCAGGCUGCUUUUACCAGGCAGACGUGGCUGUCUCUACCGCAAAAAAAUAAACACGGAUAAGCAAGUCAUGGGGUGCAGACAGCAGACAGUGCUUCAGUUUUUGACCUUCGUUUCUUGCCUCUUGGCCUUCACUUCACCUGCUGCAGGUCAGAUCAGACUAGUUGGGUCAGAGUCCACUCAGUGCUCUGGAAGAGUUGAAAUCUAUCACAGUGGCUCCUGGGGAACAGUCUGUGAUGAUGGCUGGGACUUAAAAGAUGCUUCGGUGGUCUGUAGACAGCUGGGCUGUCGGAAAGCAGUGGAGGCCACUCAGUCUGCUCACUUCGGUCAAGGAAGUGGACAAAUCUGGCUUGAUGAUGUGGGCUGUUCAGGAAGUGAAAGUUCCCUAACUGAGUGCCAGCACAGAGGAUUUGGGACACAUGACUGUAACCAUGGUGAAGAUGCUGGUGUCAUCUGUUCAGGUUCUCAGAUCAGAUUAGCUGGGUCAACUCAGUGCUCCGGAAGAGUUGAAAUCUACCACAGUGGUAACUGGGGAACGGUGUGUGAUGAUGACUGGGACUUAAUUGAUGCUGAAGUGGUCUGCAGACAGUUAGACUGUGGAACAGGCCUGUAUGCCACUGGGUCUGCUUUUUUUGGUCAAGGAGCUGGAAAAAUCUUGCUCGAUGAUGUGAGCUGUUCAGGAAGUGAAAGUUCCCUAAGUGACUGCCAGCACAGAGGAUUUGAGACACACAACUGUGGACAUGGUGAGGAUGCUGGUGUCAUCUGUUCAGUGAGCCUUCCAAAGCCCAGGAUCUCUCUGAAUAGAGAUAAGGUUGCCUGGGGUGAAGAUGUCACCAUUACUUGUUCGAUCUUAUCUGAGUUCUUUGGUGGAACUUUCAUCCUCAAGAAGACCUCAGGCACUUUCAGCCAGACUGCAUCAUCAAGUUCCACAUCUGCUACCUUUAGUAUCCACAAAGUGGACUUAGAUCAUAACGGCUCGUACCAGUGUCAGUAUCAGAAAACCAUUUCAGAUCAAAACUUUUCAUCCUCCCUCAGUGAUGCUGUCAGACUCUCUGUUAACGUGAAUUUCCCGAAACCCCAUAUCGCCAUGAAUCCCGUUGGUGAGGUCACCUGGGGUCAGAACAUUGCAAUCACUUGUUCAAUCUCCACUCAGGUUUUGGGUGGAUCGUUCAUUCUGAAGAAAACAUCAGAUUCAUUCAUAAGGACCCAAACUUCUAGUACAAACUCUGCAACAUUCAAUAUCCUUAAAGUGAACUUUGAUAACGAGGGAUUGUACCAGUGUCAGUAUCAGAAAAUGGGCUCAGGUCUUGAAUUUAACUCCCCACCAAGUGACUCUGGUAGGCUCUCUGUGACAGUGAGACUGCAGAGGCCCAGCAUCUCCUUGACGUCUCCUAAUGCAGGACUUGUCUGGGGUCCUGAAGGUGCACAAAUCACCAAGGGUUACAGCUUCAUCCUCACCUGUUCCAUUAACUCCACAUUUUCCAGUGGACAUUUUAUUCUCAGCUUCUCUGGCUCCAACCUCACAGAGCCAGCAGUCAACAACUCAGCCUCCUUUAGUUUCCCUGUAGCUGAGUAUGAACAUCAGGGCAACUACAGCUGUGUGUAUGAGGUCACAGUGUCCACACGGACAUUCAGAUCUGCUGCAACAGCACCGACUAGUGUCAUCAUUAAAUUGUCUUUGAUGCCGCUGCUGUCAUCGGUAGCUGUUGGAAUCCUGCUGCUGCUCCUGCUGCUGCUGUUAGUGGUUCUCCUCAGGAGAAGAAAACAACGAGCCAAGGAGCCUGUAGCUCUCAUCCACAGUCAAAUUGUUGAUCAAGUCGGGAAUGCUUACCAGUGGGGAGACAAUGAGGGUGAUGAAGACGAUGAGGACUAUGUGAAUGUUGAUCUAAUGGAUGUAAAAAUGAAAGGGGGAGCUGCAGGAGUGGAUGAAGAGGGAAGCAGUGACUAUGAGGAGCCAGUGUGUAAUGAUGAUCAUGAUUACAAGAAAGCAGGCCCCAAUUGCAUGAAGGCCAGGAAGGCCUGUGUGAGUGUAAGUGAUCACAGAGAAGAUGAAGAUGAUGCAACUAGUGAUGAAGAAGACAACUAUGAGAAGGUAUCCCCACCCUCGCUGUAUGUAUCACCACCACCACCACCAGGUGUAGAUAAUGAUGAUGAAGAAGAAACUAGUGAUGAAGAGGACAACUAUGAGAAUGUAUCCCCACCCUCGCUUGGUGUAGAUAAUGAUGAAGAAGAAGAAACUAGUGAUGAAGAGGACAACUAUGAGAAUGUACCCUGACUAUCAGCAGUUCAUUGAUAUUCAUUGAUUCAUUGAUAAUAACUUUACCUAAAUACAACUGCAACCAAAAAAAUCUUUUGGCCAAUAUGUUUAAUGAGUUAGCCUGGCUUCCUGUAAUUGUAACGUACUGCAUAAUAUAACAAUAUGGAUGCCCACAGGCUGCAUAUAAAAGGUAGACUUGCCUUCUGGGUCUGAAAGGUGAUGCCAUUGUGGAAGACAUAAAUUUUGUUUCUAAUGGCCAACAGGAGGUGACUGCUUUUGUUGCAAAGAUGCAAUCUUGUAUGGAGGUCUGUGGCUUCCUUGCUGUAUGACCUCAUGACUAGGGAUGGGUAUCAUUUAGGUUUUAUCUGAUACCGGUGCCAAACCGGUACUUUUGAAACGGUGCCGGUGCUUAAACGGUGCUCAAACCGGUGCUUAAAGAAUGGAGAACACA